GCGGCUUUUUCUUGCUGGGGCGAGCGCUUAAGUUUUGCUUCGCUUUGCUUCGUUUCGCUUUCUGCUCCGGAUCUCGUUUUCUUCGGCUCCGGGCUGGGUUGGAAGAUGCUGCCUCGGUUCCGUCUCUCCUGCGGGCUCCUGUUGGUUGCCCUGCUCGCUUUUGCUCACGCAGGCAAACUUUUCUGGCUCUUCCGCCAGCAUGUUGAGCAGCAGCGGGAGAAACAAGCUGUGAAAGAAGUCCAGAUUCGCUGGCAGCUGCACAGCCAAAGACCAGCAAUGCUAAACAGGAUCCCAGUUGAGGAGGGGCGCAUCCUCCAGCCUCUGGACCACUUCAACCGGCAGGACAGACGUCUGUUUAACCAGCGCUACUGGGUUAAUGAGCAAUUGUGGCAACGUCCCACCGGCCCCAUUUUCCUCUACAUUGGCGGAGAAUCCACCCUCUCGCCGUUCUCCGUGUUGACCGGACAUCACGUAGAUUUAGCUGAGAAGUACAAAGCCAUGGUGGUGUCUUUGGAGCAUCGCUUCUAUGGGACCAGCCUUAACCCUGAUAGUUUGCAGGAUGAAAAUCUUCAGUUCUUGUCUAGCCAGCAAGCUCUGUCUGAUCUGGUUGCCUUCCGCCAUUUUAUCACUCAGAAGUACAACUUGAGAGCGAAUCACACCUGGAUUUGCUUUGGAGGCUCAUAUCCUGGUUCAUUGGCUGCCUGGUUUAGGCUUAAGUUUCCCCACCUGGUUUUUGCUGCCGUCGCCUCUUCUGCUCCAGUUCGAGCCGAGAUGGAUUUCACAGGCUACAACAAGGUUGUCGCUGCGAGCCUCUCAAAUCCAGUGGUCGGAGGUUCCACAGAGUGCCUGCAAAGAGUGAGAGAGGCCUUCUCUUCCGUGGACAGCAUGGUGCGUGCCGGGUGGCUGGCAAAACUCGGCAUAGAUUUUCACUCCUGUAGCCCUUUGCAAGGGGACAGGGACUGCCAAGCGUUGGUCACCAACCUGGCCGACAUCUUCAUGGGAGUUGUGCAGUACAACAAUGCCAUAAUCCUGUGGAGCAGCGUGAGAAACAUCUGCAGCAUCAUGACCAACAGCAGCAUCGGCUCCCCGUAUCGGAGACUCAUUGUCAUCAACCUCCUAAUUCUAGAGCAAAACGGCAUGUCCUGUUUGGAGAACUCUCACGAGGAAAUUCUAGAGGAAUUACGCAAUACCAGUAUUGGGACGUCGGGUAUAGGUAUACGACAGUGGUGCUUCCAGACCUGCACGGAAUUUGGCUAUUACCAGACCUGCGAGGACUCACACUGCCCCUUCUCUCCCCGAAUGAACUUGGCCUACCAGUUAGAUAUCUGCGCUCAAGUCUUCAACAUCUCCUAUCGCAACGUGAGCGAAGCCGUGUCUUUCACCAAUGACUAUUAUGGGGCCGACCAUCCCAAAGCCAGCCAAAUCCUUUUCGUUAACGGCGACAUUGAUCCUUGGCAUGUGCUGAGCGUCCUCACGAACGAGUCCGCUUCAGAACCGGCCAUUUUAAUCAAUGGCACUUCACACUGUGCCAACAUGAAUUCACCCUCAGCCAGCGACCCUUGGCCCCUCAUCCAGGCCAGAAAGCAAAUUACCUCCUGGGUUGGGAAAUGGCUGGAUUUAGCAAAAAAUCAUUGAAACAUCUGCGUACCCAAGAAAGAAAGAAAGAAAGAAAGAAAGAAAGAAAGAAAGAAAGAAAGAAAGAAAGAAAGAAAGAAAGAAAGAAAGAAAAACGCUGGGGAGCAUUUUGUGUAGCUAGAGACACGAAGCAAAGCUGUUUGGAUUCCUUUUCACAUACAGACUUUCACAAAAUCCUUUCGCCACACAUCAAAGCUACCUCUUUCGCCACUGUGGCUUGCUUUUUAACAUUGUUUUUUUUUUAACGCACUGCUUCCCAAUUGCACAUUUUUUUAAAAGGAAGAUUUGAUGAGGCCCAUUGAUCUCGGCUGACUCAGCCUGCGGCACGAAGCCUUCCUUUGAAUCAUGUGAACCCGGCCUCUUGGGACAUAACAUACAUUUAUACCAAUAAAAAAUAAAUUUGAUAAACCGUA